CUACUUCAAUAAAUAAGUUGCGAGCUAGCUGGGAAGGAUAAUACAUCUAGCCAAACGUGUUCAAUAUCCAUAAUAAAUAUAUAAAGCAGAAUCACUCUCCAAACUUUAGGAAGUUAAAUGACUGUUCAACAAGAGGAGUGCGCAGCGUAAAAACUGCAGGCAGAAUGCAGCCAGGUGCUGGGGUAUCUCCGGAAGGCCCACAGGUUGGGGAAAAUCGUGGAGAGCUUACCCAGCUUCCACCCAAGGACAUAGGAGGAUGUGAACUGUCUGACCUCAGCAGUCCUAGAGCUCUGACCUUUGACCUCAUGAACAUGGUCAUCUCCUUCAAGCGCAUGGUGAUCUUUCUAGAACCUGUCAAUGAUGCAGUCGAGCUGGGCCGGUACUUGCUGGGAUGGAAGAUGCCGGUUUUCUCCCUGCUGUUCUGCAUCCUUCUGAAUGUCCUCUUCCUAACUCUGACCGAAGUGGCCUGGUUCUCCGUGCUCCUGCUGGGGAUCUCCACUCCAGCUGCUCUGGGCUACCUCCAGGACCGCUGCCAGAGCCAGGCCACCGAGGCGGCCCUGCAGAGGAAGAGGCACCACGCUGUGCAGAGGAGGGACCUACAGACAGUGCACCUGACCAGACAGGAGGCCAUGCUGGAGGUCAAGGGCCUGCUGAAGCAGCUGGAUGACAUCCUGUCUCAAGCGUGUGUUUCAGCAGAGUCCGUCUACAGCGUGCUAUACUGGGAGAACCACACGGCCUCCACUUUGUUUUACGGGAGUCUCCUGGUAAUGCUCGGCUUCCUGUACUUUGCCCCUGUGGGCUGGGCCCUGGCCAUGUUCAACAGCGCCCUCUUCCUGUGGAACAGAGACUUCUGCCGAGUUCUCCUGGAGCUCAGAGAGAUGUUCCGCCAGGGCCAUGCUAUUCCUGCCGAGGGAGAGCCGGAGAACCCGGAGCCCGAACCGACCAGCUUCGUGGAUCAGACCCCCACUCCCACCAGCAUGGAUGACCUCUCACCGGGCAGCAUUGAGGAGGCAGAGGAGGCAGAACCUGAUGAGGAGUUUAAGGAUGCCAUCGAGGAACCCCCCCUUGUCCUGGUGGAUGCCCCACUGGCUUUAGUGGUGAGACCUGCUGACUGGCUGCCAGAUCUGCCCUGGAGACACGUAGCCCCGCCUCCAAACGUGGAGACCAAGGAGGACGAGGACGUGCCCACGGGGGCACCCGAGUUCGACACGCUCUCCGACAACGGCCUCCUGAGCCGCAACGAGCCCAUCCGCAGCAAGGUGUCCAAACUGACGGAGAAACUCCGCAAGCGCUACCCCACCAACAACACCGGUAACUGCUCCAACUGCAAUGCUGUUUUCUCUGUGCUGAAGAAGAGGAGAAACUGCAGUAACUGUGGCAAUAGCUUCUGUUCACGCUGCUGCUCUUACAAAGUGCUCAAGUCCUGUAUGGGAGCCACAGCUCCUGAGGCCCAGAGAGAGACCGUAUUUGUCUGCGGUGCGUGCAACCUGUCCCUCUGCAAGUAGGAUUUAAGGAGGAAGCUUUGUCUUUCCCCUCAUUCCGAAAUCUCCACCAACCCUCGACCCCCCCUCAUCUCUCCCCCUCUGUACUGUGCACCCUGUGCCUCAGGAGGAAGGCUUCUACGUGGACUUUUUUUGUUUUGUUUUGUUUUUCCGAAGUACCACAUCUGCCCUUCUCCGUCACUGUACAUAAUUCCCAAAGCAAGGAGGAUUGAGAGCUCUCUCCCUCUCGCUCACUCUCUCUCUCUUUUGCUCUCGCUCUCUCGCACUCGCUCACUCUCUCUUGGUCUUUCUCUCACUCUCUCUUGCACUCACUCACUCUCUCUUGGUCUCUCUCACUCGCUCUCUUGCACUCGCUCACUCUCUCUUGGUCUCUCACUCUCUCUCUUGCACUCGCUCACUCUCUCUUGCACUCGCUCACUCUCUCUUGGUCUCUCUCAUUCUCACUUGGUCUCUCUCACUCUCUCUCUUGCACUCGCUCACUCUCUCUUGGUCUUUCUCUCUCUCUUGCUCUCACUCACUCUUGCUCUCACUCUCUCUUGCUCUCUCACUCACUCACUCUUGGUCUCACUCUCUCUCACUAUAUUGCACUCUCUCUCGCGCUCUGCUUCAUCAUCCCCAUGUCUCAGACUUGAGGAAGAACUUGACCAUUCUUCUCCCAGGUGGCUGCAGCCACUGACCGGAUUCAGAUGACCGCUGUCCGACCUCUUACACAGUGACGUGAAGCCCCAUUGGCCGGUUCUGGGAGGCAGAAAGCCCCAUUGGCCAGCUCUCUGGCAGUUAUCAGGCUUUCAAGAAAAUGUGCAACACAAGCUCAAAUUGUUCUACUUGUUUAAUGGCAGGAAGCCAAAAUGAGGGGAAUUCUUAUGAAAAGUCUUUUGUGGGGAAUUGGGGAUUAGAAUAAUGUAUUCUGUGGUCAAUGGGAUUCAAUGAAGGGACAUGACCGUAAUAUCAGUGAUAUCCUUGUAUUCACAGUUUUGUACCAUUUUGAAACAAUGCUUCAUAUCAUUACUUUAUAACCAGAAUUUAUCUUAAUGUUGUCAUUCAUGUGUGGCUCUCAAAGAAAUCCCAGCAUCCUUUGUACGAGCCGGGCACGAGAAAUUGUGGUUCCGCGGCCACGGCUGCGGAAUGUGGAAUGUAAAUAAGAUAUUUGGCGCGAUGCGGCAAUCAUGUCAGACCAUCAAAAAAUGGAAAAUUACUCAAUCCACCGCAUCGCCCGCCAGCCAACCAGUACUCAUCAAGGACUCGCAUUCGAAGCCCAAACACUGUAAAUGUAACCUCUCCGCUCUCACAGGCUGAGGCAGCAAGCUCUUGCCAGGGCUCUGGAUCAGACAGGUUUUGAAUGUACAGGAUACAUAAGACCUCCGGCUGGCUGACCUCAGGUCAGUUUGAGUCUAAUGGGGUUUGAGUGUACAUGUCAUGGGAGAUCUGUGGCUGGCUGACCUCGGGUCAGUUUGAGUCUAAUGGCGUUCGAGUGUACGUGUCACGGGAGGUCUGUGGCUGGCUGACCUCAGGUCAGUGCAGGCACGGUGAGUCACAUUUCGCACGGCGCACAUUUGUUCUGCUCUUAAGGAACCGCGCUCUCUUUGCCUCACGGUUGGGUUGCAUUCAGAGGAGAGGCCCUAGAGCAAUGAAAUGGCUGUCCGCAGCUGUUUGUUCAUUCUUCCCUUCUUCUCAAAGUCCUGUCCCUUUGGUCACUGAACUGCUGGGUCAGACAAAUCUUUCCUGGUUGUUUGGUUUGGCACCUUUUGAUCACUGGUUUGAUCAUGUCCAGUGUUGCUGAAUGGUGCUGGAGUUCAGCCCAGGUUUCCAUGUCCUUUGGGUGCUGGGUCAAAAAUACAUAUAAUAUAUUAAAUUUAUAUUAAUAAUUUGUUAUUUAGCUGAGGCUUUUAUGCAAAGGGACUAACAGUUCGUUAGACUAAGCGGGGGACAAUCCCCCCUGGCGCAAUGCAGGGUUAAGGGCCUCACUCAAGGGCCCAGCAGCUGUGCAGAUCUUAUCGUGGCUACACCAGGCCUUGACCCACCAACCUUCCGGGUCCCAGUCAUGUACCUUAGCCUCUAGGCUACAGGCUUUUAUUAUAUAAAUAUUAUAUAAAUAAUAAGAUUUCUUCUCUUACCUACACAACAUACUCCAUGCAGUUCAUGAAGCGCUGCUGGUUCAUGUGGCCUGUCUGAUUGUAUUCUACCCAAAGAACUGCUGCAGGAUCAGCUCCCCAAACUGUACAUGCAGUUUCAGCCAUUAACCUGAAACAUUCCUGAAACUGAUCCCAAGUCAGUGCCUGGUGAGAAUUCUGUGUGGAGGAGAAGUGAGUCACCAGGUGGCACAGCUCCGAGCAGAGGACUGUGUUUCUGUUUGGCAACUAUAUUGAUAUUCCUGCAGCCCCCCCCCCCCACACACACACACACAAACACACACACACACACACACACACACACUUCACUGAGAUCCCCCAGGCACACGUCCAAAACAAAAGAUCUCAUCGUGCAAAAAGGACGUAGAGUUGCUCAACGGUCCUCACAUAACAAAGACUAGUCUUGACUUUGAUGUAAAUUCCUGUUGUAGUUCACUAAUCAAAAUGCAGCAUGGUGUCGUUUCCAGCAAUUGAGAUUGAUCAUGGCUGAGAACAUGCCUCUUACAUAUAAAUUAAAUAAAUAUAGAUUUUUUAUUUUCUUUUAAAGUCGCUUUAUUUCGUCUUGAAUUGGUCAAGCCCUGAAGGACAGGAUUAUUGACUUGUGUAUCAUGAUGGGAUUUUGCCUAAGGAAAAAAACAGUAUUCUCUGGGUUACCCUCACUGUAUUUCCGUCUAAAUCAUGUCAGUCAUUCUAUGAAGCAGCAACAGACUGAGUAGCAUACGGCAUCCUUACUGUAUAAGUGUUUUCAAACAAUACAGUGUGUUUUCUUUUAAAUUAUUUAUAAAAAGAAAUAAGUCAAAGCAGCAUAUUGGACUUUCUUUUACUGAAGUUAUUGUAUUUUGUUUCUUUAAUCUACACCUGUAUAUUUGAUUAUUUAUGUAUAUUUUGACAUGGAAGAUCAUCCGUUUCAUGUACUGCAAAUAAAUGCUUACAGCAGUAUGAUGGAUAUUUAAA